AAAUAGAUGACAAGAGGGUGGCCAACACACAAGGGGAAUCACAGAAUGUGUCCCCUAAGCAAAGGAAGCAAAGCGUAUACACAGCACCCACCAUGAAAGGGGUUAAGCAUCUGAAAGGCCAGAAUGAAUCAGCAUUCCCUGAAGAAGAAGAGGGCGCCCAUGAAAGAGAGGAGCAGUGGGACCAUUAAUUACUGGUCUGCAGCAAGAAGCCUUCUUGGGAAUGACUGAACUCUUAACUUUUCUGAAUAUCCCAUGGAAAUCUGCUGCUUGACUUCCGGAAGCAUCUUGCAUCUCUGCACUGCACACUCACACAGUAGCUAUGCACCUUCUUGGGAGCCUCCUUGACUGAACUUUAGAACUAAGUACAAAUUUUCCAUGUCACUUAACAAUUAAAGAAUAAGCAUUUAUUUUAGAGUGAUUUUUCUUUUUGACUACAUAGAAAUUUGCAGACAUGUGAAUGUUUUAAUUUUAAUACUGCCAGAGCUUAACUCCUUGAUGUCCUACUGAUAAAGUUUGAGUUCUAAUGUCAAAUGUAAAUAGAAUCACUUUAAAAGUAAAAAAUAAAUAUUAAACAGAAUUUAGA